AUGGAAUCUCAUCCGAAUGGGGGACAAACUUCAAAUUCAUCACGUGGGGAUCAAAUUUAUGAAAAUUUAAGAACACCUGUAACUCCAUAUUUUCCGGAAAAUCCACAAUUUCUGGUACCGGAAUUGCCAGAACAGGCACGGCAAAAUAUGCCACCACCAAUGACACAUCCUCAAUUCCAACAGUAUGGAAAUUCAUCAUCAUCCCAGCCUGUUGAUCAUAGAUCUUUUUCUGAUAAUGUUCAAUCAACGGGAUCUCAAACAAAAUCAAAACGGAGAUAUGCUUCACAUCAAUAUGAUUUUAAUGGCCCAGAUACUAGUAUAGAUAGGAACUAUAUGUCUCCAAAUUUAAAUUCCCAGGGGCAGUUUGCACCUUUAACUCAAGGAUAUUGGCCAUCUAGUCCUUAUCCAAGUAUAGAUACUGUUUCUAAUCAGUUUUCUCAUAUGAGUAUGGAGUCUCCAUUACAGCAGAGUCCUAUUACAUCCGGGUUUUCUCUUAACCCUUUAAUUUCUGUAGAUUUAAUAGGACAUCCACCCGACAUUUUGGAUUUAAAGCGUCCACCGCCUUCACUUAUUUUGCCUUCUAAUGCAUCUUUAAUGCAAACAGAAAAAACAAAUUGUGGUCCAGAAUACUUACGAUCUACUUUAAAUGCAAUACCGAAAAACAACAAUCUUCUUAAAAAGUCCAAGCUUCCCUUCGCAUUGGCAAUUCGUCCCUUUAUUAUGCUUACGGAUGAGGAGGAAAAUGUUCCUUUAGUUUCUGAUACUAUUAUUGCUCGUUGUCGUAGAUGUAGAUCGUAUAUAAAUCCUUUUUCUAUAUUUAUUGACAGUGGACAUCGUUGGAAAUGUAAUCUUUGUUCCAUGACUAAUGAUGUUCCUUCUGCUUUCUCUUGGGGUCAACAAAAUAAACAAAUGGAUCAAUGGAAACGUGCAGAGCUUACUCACGCCGUUGUUGAUUUUUUAGCACCUAGUGAAUAUAUGGUUCGGCCACCUCAGCCUCUUGUAUAUGUGUUUUUAAUUGAUGUUUCUUAUCCUGCUAUAAUGUCAGGUAUGGUAGCAACAGCUACUCGUACAAUUCUUGAGUCUCUUGAUUGGAUUCCAAAUCGCGAUCAACGAACAAAGAUUGGAUUUAUUGCAGUGGAUAGUUCAUUACAUUUUUUCAAUCUUUCUAGUAAGGAUCAAGAACCAUCUAUGCUUGUUGUUAGCGAUUUAGAUGAUCCUUAUCUUCCUCAGCCUAGUGAUCUUUUAGUUAAUAUUUUUGAAUCUCGGAAAAAUAUUGAGAUCUUAUUAGAAAAAUUUAAUGAUAUGUUUAAGAAUACUCAGAAUUCAGGGAAUGCUAUGGGGCCCGCUCUUAAAGCUGCUCGUAAACUUAUUCAGAGUGUUGGAGGAAAAAUUGAGUGUUUGAUGAAUAGUUUGCCUACAUUAGGUGAUGGGAAACUUUCUGUAAGAGAAGAUAUCAAGUUCUAUGGAACUUCUAAAGAGUCUACUUUGCUUCAAGUUCAAAACUCGUUUUAUAAGUCUUUUGCUGUAGAAUGUUCUAAAAGCCAAGUCACUGUUGAUAUGUUUCUUUUUUCUUCUCACUAUCAAGACGUUGCAUCUCUUGCAUGUCUUCCUCGUUACACUGCUGGGCAAACUUUCUAUUACCCUUCGUGGAAUGCUGGUCGCAGUGAAGAUAUAACGAAAUUUGCUAGAGAAUUUAGUGGUCAUUUAAGUCAAGAAAUUGGUCUUGAGGCUGUUAUGAGGGUUAGAGGAUCUUCUGGUAGGCUUCGUGUUUCUGCUUUUCAUGGAAAUUGUUUUUAUCGUUCAACUGAUCUCUGUGCUUUUCCGUCAUUUCCUCGUGAUCAAGGAUAUGUUGUUGAAAUAUCCAUAGAUGAGCAAAUUGAACGUCCAUUUGUUACUUUACAGGCAGCUAUAUUAUAUAGCUCAUGUCAUGGCGAAAGGCGGAUUCGUGUUAUAACUGUAGCUAUUCCAACUACGAGUAAUUUAGCUGAUGUAUAUGCUUCUGCGGAUCAAAUUGCUAUUAUAAAAUAUCUUUCUGUAAAGGCAUGUGAAAAAGUGUUUUUAUCUAAAUUGGAAGAUGCAAACAAUAUAAUUACAGAGAAAUUAGUAGAUAUUUUAGAUUCUUAUAGAAAGAAUUUGGUUUUUACGAAUACAGGAAUUUCUACAUUUUCUAUUUGUUCAAAUCUUAGACUUUUGCCUCUUCUUUGUCUUUGUCUUCUCAAAAAUCUUGCUUUUCGUAAAUCUUCUCUAAUUCCUAGCGAUGUAAGGUCGAUUGCUCUCUGUCUCUUAUCUUCAUUACCAACUGCAACAUUAAUACCAUUUCUUCAUCCACGAUUUUAUUCAUUACAUAAUAUGCCUGACGAUGCUGGAUUACAUGGGACGAACGGAAUUAUCCUUCCUCCUGAAAUGAAUCUUACUUCUGAAAAAAUUGAAUCUCAUGGAUUAUAUUUGGUUGAUGAUGGUCAAAUCCAAUUCCUUUUUAUUGGCAAGGAUGCUGUAUCUUUACUUGUUCAAGAUGUAUUUGGAUUGCCUGAUAUUUCUCAAUUGAAACUUGGAAAGAUGACACUCCCAUUGCUUGACAAUCCUUUUUCUGUCCGUGUUAACAACAUUAUAUCUAAGUUAAGAGAAUACGAUAGAGGCAAAAUUACAUGGCCACAUUUAUAUCUUGUUAAGCAAGAUGGUGAUCCUGCACUUAUUAAAUGGUUUUUCAGCAAUAUGAUAGAAGAUCGCCAAGACGGCAUUCCUUCAUAUUAUCAAUAUAUUAAUGAGCUCAGAAAUCGGAUUACAUGUUGA